GACUACGUGGGACCCUCCACUUUUAUACUCUCUUUCCCUCCUUAUGCAUCCUCUCUUUUCACAUUUCUCCUUCUCUCUCAUACUCUACCUCUUGAAAGCUUCCUUCUCUUUUCAUCAUCACUUUCUGCUCCCUUCCUUUCAUGGCUUCUUCAAGGGAAGGACACUACAGGGGAGUUCGAAAGAGACCAUGGGGUCGCUAUGCUGCAGAAAUACGUGACCCAUGGAAGAAAACCCGGGUAUGGCUAGGCACAUUUGAUACACCUGAAGAAGCUGCUCUUGCUUAUGAUGGUGCAGCUCGUUCUCUUCGUGGAGCUAAGGCGAAGACUAACUUCCCAUCACCACCUUCCACUUCUGGUCUCUCUCUGGACCUCAAUCUUCCAUCCGACCCUCACCACCACCACCUUCGUUGGAGUUCAAGUCCUCAUGUGGGGUCCCACAGGUUUGGUGGUCUUGGUGAGUUCUUGCAGACUGGAGUGGUUUUUAAAGAAAUGAACUUCAAUGCUACUGAGGCUGCAGCGGCUUCUGGGCCAGUCGUGAAAAUAGAGGGUCCUAGUGUUGGUGCUGUAGCUGGAGCUCCGGUGCCGGAAAGUGUUGCUCCGGCUUCGUUUUUGGGGAUGGUGCGACGUGGGUUGCCAAUAGAUUUGAACGAGCCUCCACCUUUGUGGCUGUGACUGAAUAUUAAUAGUAACAAUUAACUGAUGAUGACGAUGAAGAAGAAGAAGACGGUCUGUCUCUUUUUGUUCUUCUAAGGCAUAUCUUGCGGCUGGUUUUUAUUAUUAACCUUACCACUAUCUCUUAUUUUCCUUUUUUUUCUCUUUUUUUUUUUUCCCUUCCUAUUGCACCGUCUGCUUCACCAUCUACACCUUGUAUCAAGGCAAGAAAAGGGAGUAUUAUUAACAACAAAAUAUUUAUAAACUAAGAAUCAUGAAGGAGUUGUUUGUAUA